GGGCGGCAGCCACGGCGGCCACCCUCGGCGACGGCAGUGCCAACCCGUUCGCUCCCUCGACCGACCAGCUGUUCGAGGCUCUGCUGCGUCGCGCCCCGCAGCAUGGCGAGCGCUUGGCGGCGCUCAAGAAGGAGUUCGAGGACGCUCCGCCGCCAGCUGCCGCCGCCCCAGUCAAGCCCAGCCUCGAGCGUGAGACAGAGGCACAGCGGCUGGCAGUGGCUGCUCGCAAGGCCGAUGAAUCUCUUGCGAAGGCGAUCGCUCACGAACAGGAGUGCACCGACUGGCUGGCACGGGCUCGGGCGGCUGUGGAGCAGGCGGCGCAAGAUGCAGCCGACGCCAGGCUGGCCCAUGAGCAGCAGUUGGAGCAAGACCUCCAGCGCCUCAAGAGUCGAGAAGGUGCAGCACGUGUCGCCGCUGUCGCCGAUCCCAAGCCCAAGCUCAACCUGUCCAGCUUUCUCGACGAGGGCGACGAGCUUGGGCAACUGUUCGAGUUCGAGGACGGCGAGGCCUUCGACUUCGCCGAUCUGGACCUGGCCAAGGAAGACAUCGAGGCUUGGCAGAAGCACAAGAUUUCGCUGGCACAGGAGAUCAAGCAGGCGAUCAGUGCGGCGAUUGGCCCAGCAGCUGCUCAACUGGGUGCUCGCAGACAACAGUUCAAGGAGUUCAAGGCGAGGCAGCUGCUGAAGGUAAAGGUCGUGGUGAGGAGCAGCCUGCAGGUGGAGACCAGCCUGCUGCCCCUGCCGCAGGCGAUGGCCAGGCGUCCCAGGAGCGAGUGCAGCGGGUUCUGGCAGAAGCCAGGGGCAACCCGCCCUCGUCGGCGACCUACGCUGACGCUGCCGUGGCUCCACAAAAGUGCGGGUAGCACGAUUCGUCUGUACCCGAAGCCGGGACAAUCUCAGAAUGCGGCACCAGAAGUUCGACGAUUGCUAUUGCACAAUCUUUCUAUGUGGGGGCACAAAGCCACCAAGCUUUUUGCAGAGAGUGAUGUUGAUGUCAUCAUCAUGCCCGAGACGCACGUGCUGGCUUGCGACACUCCGGAUAUUUUGAGCACGCUGAAGCAGCACAAAUGGCAAGGUAUUGUUUCUCCAGCAUACCCCACGACCUACGUGAAGAAGGCAGGUGGCAUUGUUCUGGGUAUCCGUCAGCAUCUUUGUUGGUCUUCUUUUCGCCACUUGUCGGACGACCCUGACAACGCGAUCGGCUUAGUUGACGUCAACAGCAAGCAGAAGUUAUCGGGGCCCUUGUCCUUCAAGGAUGUGGUGGCGGUCGAGUGGAAGAUCGCCAGAGUCCCGCUGCUAGUGAUUGGUGCUUAUUUGACUGUCUCAGUGGGGUUGGAAGCACCCAUCAAUGUCGCAAAGCUUCUCACUAUUUCGGCGCUGUUGGACAAUCAUGCGGGGCCUUGGAUCAUCGUGAGAGAUUUCAACGCUACCCCCCUGGAGAUGGCCUCAUGGAUUCGUAAGUGGAAUGGACAUUUUUACCACCCACCUGGCAUCACCCACACGUCCACGAGGGGCAAGGGGCAGCGAAUCAUCGACUAUGCUGUGGCUUCUCAGGACUUCUCUACACUUUUUCAUGAUGCGAUCCAGCUGGAUGCUGAGGGUGGUGACCACUACGGCAUGAUUUUGGAGUUGAAUGUUUCUGCACAACAGUCUGCACGUCGAGUCCUGGACCUACCGAAGAUGUUCCUGUCACCGCUGCCCACCAAGUUAAAGGGUGACCCCAACAGCAAACGGUCGAGGAAGAAAUUGGAGUUGGAGCGGCGACGGCAACAACGCGCUCUGGACCACUCGGAGGAUCUCGAGCAAGAACUUCCUGAACCCGAGUCUGAAGACGAGGAGUUCCUGGCGCAACCUCAGCAGGCCAGCUCAUGCACGAAAUACCCAGAGGAGGCUCGCAAGUUUCUACAUCGAGAUUUUUUCGACUUCGACUCCGAGGCGCUUCAGCAGAUGUGGCAGUCGCAUAUUUAUGACCACAAGACUUCCGAGGUCAAGCCUGUAGCUCAGGACUGCCACCCAGCCAAGUAUUUAGAGUGGAGGGUUGAAGAUCUGGAUAAGCUUUGGGCCACCAUUGACAACAACACUCUCCAGCACUGUGAGUGGACCCUACCGCCAGAUUGGAUACAAGACAGCCUCUCGUAUAAGUAUGAUCCCGAGACUGCUAUCGAGCUGGGAUCAGACUACG